UUGACACUAGUUGUGAUGUUAGCUUGUUUUCUUGGACGCUCCUAGCUCUGAUCUCACCGCCCUGCUAAUUGCCUCACGCCCCCCUCAGGAAACCAUGGCCUCGGAGGCCUCGGGAUCCCCUCAGUCGUCCCAACAUGACGCGGUGCUACAGCAGCGAGUGGCAGCUCUGGAGCAGGAGAGGGCCGAGUUCAUCAAACUCAAGCAGCAGCUGGAGGUGGAGUUCAACCAGAAGCGGGCCAAGUUCAAAGAGCUUUACCUCUCCAAGGAAGAGGAGCUGAAGAGGCAGACAGCUGCACUGGAGGACGCCCAUUCCGAGCUGAGCUCCAUCCAGACCCAGCUCUCUCAGGCCCGGGCUGAGAUAGAGACCAUCAAAGCUGUGGCCACCGUGUCGGAAAACACCAAACAGGAAGCCAUCGACCAAGUCCGCAGCCAAUGGCAGGAGGAGGUGGCCUCCCUGCAGGCCAUAAUGAAAGACACUGUGUGUGAGUAUGAGGUCCAGUUCCACCAACGCCUGGAGCAGGAGCGUGCCCAGUGGAACCAGUAUCGCGAGGCGGUGGAGAGGGAGCUGGGCGAGCUGAGGCGCCGGCUCUCCGAGGGUCAGGAGGAGGAGAACCUGGAGGAUGAAAUGAAGAAAGCCCAGGAGGAUGCAGAGAAGCUGCGUUCCGUAGUGAUGCCUAUGGAGCACGAGAUCGCAGCCCUGAAGGCCAAACUGGCCACAGCCGAGGAGAAGGUGAAGGAGUUGGAGGCUUCGAAGGUCAAGGAGCUCAAUCACGUUCUGGAGGCUGAGAAGUCGUGUCGUACGGACCUGGAGAUGUAUGUCGCUGUGCUGAACACGCAGAAGUCCGUCUUGCAGGAGGAUGCGGAGAAACUACGGAAGGAGCUUCAUGACGUCUGUCACAAGCUGGAGUUGGAGCGGCAGCAGCACAACCAGCUGAAGCACACAUGGCAGCGAGCUAACGACCAAUUCCUGGAGUCUCACCGCCUCCUUAUGAGGGACAUGCAGAGGAUCGAGAGCGUGCUGUCAUCAGAACAGCUCCGCCAGGUGGAGGAGAUGAAGAAGAAAGACCAGGAGGAUGACGAAAAGGAGCGCCUGAGUCAAGUGAAGGACCUGCAGGAGGACAACGGAGGAGACAACACCGAGCCUUUGGAGGACUUAUUCCUCGGCCUCAGCGUCGAGGAGCCCCAUGUGAACCACAGCGCCCACGGCUCUAUGCACUCCUUAGACACUGAUGUGGUGACGGGCAGCCCCAUGGACCCUUACAAGGACAACUUGCGGCGAGUUCAGUCCACAGACAGCCUCGGUUCCUCGCUGUCCAUCCAGCAGGGUCUUGGCGGCCAGAACCACAAGGCCAAAUCAGCAGGCCACUUGGACGAGUCGGACUUUGGGCCCUUGGUUGGGGCCGACAGCGGGGUGACAGACAGUAGUUUUGGAGAGACUGCUUCAAUUAGCUCAAUCAAGCUGCCGACAAGUCACUUCCUGCUGACUAAAGACCAGGAGAAGGCGAUCAAAGCCAUGACCCCGGAGCAGGAGGAGACGGCGUCGCUGCUGUCCAGCAUCUCUCACGCCCCAGACACCGCUUACUUACCGCCUGCCGGCUACCGGCUCGUCAGUGACAGCGAGUGGAACCUGCUACAGCAAGAGUUGAAAAAUGCUGGCAGGAAGCUCGGACGAAGGUGCGACAUGUGCUCAAACUAUGAGAAGCAGCUUCAGGCCAUCCAAGGACAGGAGGCUGAGACGAGAGAUCAGGUAAAGAAGCUGCAGGUGAUGCUACGUCAGGCCAACGAUCAGCUGGAGAGGACGAUGACUGAGAAGCAGAAUUUGGAAGAUUCAGUCAAAGCAGGAAACGAGGAAACCGCUGCUAAGGUAUCUGGCCUCAUGCAGAGAGUCCAGGAAUCAGAAACACUGCUCAGCACACUACAGCAAGCCUUCAGUGACGCUAAGAGGAACACACAGGAACAGAUGGCGGUGCUGCUGAAGUCCAGGGAGCAGGUGGCAGAUGAGCUAAGUCGACUACAGAGAGAUAACGAGAGUCUGCAGGGGAAGCACAGGCUGCAUUUAGAACUGCAGCAGCAAGAAGACUUCCAAAUGCCCACUACUGUUCAAGAGCUCCAGGGCCUGGUGCUGCGGUUGCGUGAGGACAUGGUGGCGUUACGGACGUCGGCCGAUCACAUGGAGGAGAAGCUGAAGGCUGAGAUCUUAUUUCUGAAGGAGCAGAUCCAGGCGGAGCAGUGCCUGAAGGAGAACCUGGAGGACACUCUGCAGCUGGAGAUCGAGGGAUGUAAGGAGGAAAUAGACAUCCUGGAAGCGUCUUUCUCCAGUUUGAAGACGGAGCUGGAGCGAAUAAAAGCGGAGAAGGAACAGCUGGAGAGCAGUUUGGCCGAGAAGACUGAGACACUGAGGAGCCUCCAGGGCCUGAGGAUCAGCCUGGAGCAGCAGCUCAAAGAGCUCACCACUGCAAAGAGUGCACUUGAAAGUCAAGUCCUCGAUGAGAAAGACAAAGCCCAGCGGCUGCAGACCGAGCUGGACGUCAGCGAGCAGGUUCAGAAGGACUUUGUGAAACUUUCUCAGACCCUUCAGGUACAGCUGGAGCGGAUACGACAGGCGGACUCCUUGGAUCGAAUCAAAGUAAUCCUCAAUGACACCAACUUAACUGACAUCAAUCAGCUUCCAGACACAUGAUACCACUGAAGGACAACUGCCUUCACUUUCAUUUCCCCUUCUUUCUAUUUCACCGACCCAGUAACAUAUUACCCGACCCUUCCUCUUCUUCUUCCUCCUCCUCCUCCUCCCCCAUAACCACCUUGGAAGAGUUUGGAGGGACAUGGACAGACGUGGCAUGAGGAGCUCAUGGCCUUUUGUGUACAUUAGAAGUCUCUGAACACACCACAGAUAGAAUAAUGAAGAAGAACACUACUAAAAAAAUAAAAUGUAAAUAACUAAAUGUGGACGGAGGGAGCGGGCGGAGGUGCUUCUCCCUGUGGGUUCUGUCUGUCUCGUUUCUACUGUAGAUACGACUGUCUGUAUUAGCUCGACCAAAAAAAGGUUUGUCGUCCUCUGAAGCACUUUUCAUCUGCGACUUCUCUUUCCAGGUAAAUAGAAAAUAAUUGGAUGCAUAAAUUUUCCUCCGUCUGUUCUCAAAGCGGUUGAUAAUGGCUUCCUUUCUCCUCUUGCUUGUGCUUUCCGUGUUUUGUUUUGGGUUUGUUUUUUUUUCCUUUUUCCUCCAGUUUUCUUGCUUUUUUUUUUUUUUCUCUUUGUGACAUUUCAACCCUCUUCUGGUCAUUUUUAACUCUGUGACAGCAGCACGAUGAAGGAUGGAAAAUACUUGCACAUAAUUUAACUGGGAUAAGAAAAUAAGGAACGUAACAAAAUGCGAGCAAUACCCUUCAUGUCUUCAGCACCCUCUGCUGUGUUUUUGCUCUGUUUGUUGCUCUUUAGUGUCUCACAGAAACCUUUUUUUUUUUUUUUUUUUUUAAAAGCUGCAGAAAUACAGUGAAGAAACAUUAGUCACGUUCAAACUUGUGUUUCUCAACAUGUUUAAAAAAAAUUAAAAGAAGAAACACUAGUUAAUCCAGGUCAUGUCAGGUAAACGGAUGUUUAGGUGAUGAGGGAAAUUACAGAAUUAAAACUGCAAAGUAAUGGCUUUUAACACACA